AUAAACCUGCGCGGAAAAGGACACAUCUUCGCGCCCGGCCGUUGCGAUCCACACAUCCUCAUGGUUUCUGCCGUUUAUCAGCUUGCAGUUCUCAACUUCUAACCCUGCGAGCCUGGAUCUUUGGAUGAAGGGGUGGCAUGACGCUCCAACAGGUACUGCAACAUAUGUUCCCUAGGUUCCCAGCAUGUCUUCGACCAUUGCGGAAGCUAAAAACCUUGUUGCCGCAGACCUGACGACCAACUAAAGCUACUACCAUGGCCUCGAAAUCGUCGUUCCUCCCUCGCCUUCCUUUCUCUCGAACAGACGGCCCGGGCCUUCCGUUUCACAACUCACGGAAUCUUCCCAUCCGUAAGCGUACGAGCGAAUACGACCUAUCCGAUCUUUCGCCCCGUCCCGAUGACGACCAGUCUCCUUUGAAUCUACCCCUUCCGGGCCGAAAGAGCUCUCCUCGUCCCCAAAGUUCUUCGCCAACCUUACGAUACAGUGACAGGGCCGACAGACCUGGGCACGAGUCUAAGAUAAACCCAGGACCCCUAUUCUCAGGGCCUCCGCCCCCCAUAGCAACGUCGACGCUGCUCUACAGGGAUGAGGAGGACAGGGGCAUGGAGCGGCGGCCCGCUGCCCGCUAUGCCGACAACUCAUCCUUCGCCCGCAACGCCCUGAGCAGCGUGAGCAGCGUCCUCUUCGAUCGAGGCUCACCCUCCCACACCAAAGACAACCACCAAGCCCCCGAGCCGGACACGAUCUGGCGCAGCCUCCAACGCCGCGAGAUGGCCCUCCAGAACGAUCUCCAACACCUCCUCGACGCCCAGUCCACCGGUCUCGCGGCACAUCUCGACCCCACAGCCCCCUCCGCCCCAAGCACCCUCUCCUCAGCCAGCACCGCCGACGACAGCGCCAGCAACAGCAGCAGCACACACACAGAGCCCUUCCACGCCAGGGGAGCCGCCGCCACCGCCGCCGCCUACUCUGCGGGUGGCGGCGUGGUGCCCGUGCGGCAGCCCCGGCGGCGGCCGGUGGGCCUGCGCGGGGCGCGCGCGGGCCUGGCGCGGGUCAUGGUGCAGCUGGCGGGGCUCAAGGCCGAGGAGGACGCCGGGCUGGCGGCGGCGCUGGGGGCGCGGAGGCGCGCGCUGGCGCAGCUGCGGCGCCUGGCCGGGCGGCGGGACGGCAUCGCGGGGGAGCUGCGGGCGCUGGAGCGGGAUGACGGGGGUGGUGGCGGGGAUCCGCUGGCGCGCGAGCUGCGGGGGCUCGGGGAGGAGAGGAGGGAUGUUGUGGCGGAGAUGGCGGAGCUGGAGGAGAGGCUUGUGGGCCUGCGGAGUCGGAAGAGGUGGUUGGAUGGGAAGAUGGAGGACGUGAGGAAUAGGAGGGAGGCUGGGCUGAGCGGAUACAAGGGCGCGUUGAGGGAGGUCGAGGUCAAGGUUUCGGGUUUGCUGACGAGGCCGCCUGUCAAGCCCCUGGAUCUCGCGGCUAUAACAAGUGGCUCGAGACGCUUGCAAGGUGGCGGCAGUGUCGAUGGUGCGAGUGCCGAUGGACAGUCACCUGGCGGUGUUGAGUUCCUGCGCAUGCGCCCUGAGCGCAGGACUGUUGAAAUGGCGAGGGAUUGGUGGGAGAGCGAGAUCGAGAUAUUGGAAAGACGCAAGAUCGAGGUGGACGAGGAGCGAAACGCCCUCGAGGAAGGGGCGGAAGUGUGGAAAGAAGCCGUCAAACUGGUCUCGGACUUCGAAUCGGGACUCCGCAGGGAGAUGAAAGACGAACUGGGUGCCGCGGACAAGGGAAAGCAAAAGGCACCGACUCCAGAGGAAGCAAUGCAUGCGCAGCUGGACAAAAUGGCUGGGGUAAUCGUCGGGUUGGCACAGCAACUGCGAACAGCAGAGGAGAAGGGCUGGAAUUUGCUCAUAUGUGCCAUUGGAGCAGAGCUGGAAGCAUUCAAGGAAGCUGAGCACAUGUUACGCGAGGCUCUACGAGCUGCAGGGUUCGAUGACGAUGACGACGACGGCCCCACGCCCCGGCUAGGAAGAUCCGUGAGCCUGAAGACUUCUGCCAAGCGAAGUGGAUCCGGCGAUGGCAAAAAGCUGGUAGACGUCGCCGAAGACAGGUCGCAGGAGAGCGACAAUGAAGUGCCUCCGGACCUCCUAGUUUCGCACGAAGAAGACCAUGACGACUCUCUUACGCAAGACCACGAAGUCGGGGAAAGCCCUGAGCAAGAGGACAGCGAGAAUGAGGUGCCGCUGGAAUUCCUAGCUGAGCACCACGAGGAUGAAGAGGAUGAUGAUGAUGCUAAACAUGAAAGCAUGAGCAAAGCAGCAUAGCCACAAGUUGGCAGCGUUUAUUGUUACCCGAGUUAUUACGGAUCUUUUAUUAUUAAUACAUUAACACUGACUCACCGAACUGAUGAGAG